GUUCUCGUUCUUGCGAGCUAAGGUCCUUGUGGCGACUUGCACUUAUCUAAAAACAUCCUCCGAAAUUCUUCAUUGAAAUGGCUGAUCAUAGUAAAGACGAACUCGCCUGUGUCUACGCUGCUCUCGUUCUUUUGGACGAUGACGUAGCCAUUACGGCCGAAAAGAUUCAAACAAUCUUGAAAGCUGCUGAUGUUAAGGUGGAACCUUACUGGCCAGGCUUGUUCGCCAAGGCUUUGGAGGGCUUGAACCUUAAGAGCAUGAUCACCAACGUAGGAUCGGGAGUUGGCGCUGCCCCAGCUGCCGGUGGAGCUGCUGCUGCCGCCCCUGCUGCUGCUGCUGCCAAGGAGGAGAAGAAGGAAGAGAAAAAGAAAGAAGAGUCUGAGGAGGAAGAUGAUGACAUGGGCUUUGGUCUGUUUGACUAGAAGGAUUCCAGUCCACUUCUGUUUUGCCUUGACAUUGAUCAUUUUGUGUCAUGCAAAUACACCAGAAGUUCCAUCAAA